GUAUGUAAUAGGCAAGAACGAUUCACAGACUAGUGCAGCAGCCAUUGCCCGGCAGCCGCGACACAUCAUAAGCUGCUACCUGAAAUCCAGAGACCCUCGAUCAGAACUUUCUACCUUCUCCGCCAACUUUUACCAUCGUCGGAACGACCGCACCUUUUCUCGUCAGGCCACAACCCGACCUACUCGCCCUUUGCCUGCACCUCCUCUUCUCCCACCACUAGUUGUGAGGCCCAUCCUACUCUUCGCGUCAACUGAGCCCUUGUCAGAAAUAUCACACAGCCAUACUACUACCCUCAAUCUCGGAGCAGCUAUCCCUGAAGCUGCCCCCCCUCGCCAAGAUGAAGGUCACCUUCAAGGAGCUUUCGAACCAGAAGUUCACCCUCGAUGUUGAGCCCACCGACCUUGUUUCCUCCCUGAGACAGAGAGUCGCCGCAGAGCGGGGCUGGGACGCAAAGGCCCUGAAGCUGAUUUUCUCUGGAAAAAUUCUCAAGGAUGAGGAUACGAUUGCGUCGUAUAAGAUCGAGGAGAAGGGGUUCGUUGUCUGUAUGAUGAGCAAGAGCAAGCCUGCUCCUGCGGCCGCUUCUACUGCGGCGGCAGGUGCUGCUGCCACCAGCAGUUCUACUAGUGCCGCCGCUGCUCUGGGCUCCUCGUUCACUGCCGUCCCUGAGACGCCCGUUCGACCGACUGCGGCGACCCCCGCUCCACCGGCUGCGCCCUCUCACUCGUCUAGUGCCAGCGCUGCGGCACCCGGUCUUGCUUCCCCGACCCCGACCGGUAGUCAAGGUACCAGUGACAAUUCUAUGGCCAUGGGUGAAGCUAGAGCCAGCGUCAUCGCCAACAUGGAGGCCAUGGGAUUCGAGCGUUCCCAGAUCGAGGCUGCCAUGCGUGCCGCCUACUACAACCCGGACCGAGCAGUCGAGUAUUUGUUAAACGGGAUCCCGGAGAGUGCUCGCCAGGCUGAGCCUCAGCGACAAGCAGCACCCACCCAACCCACUGCAGGCGCGGCCUCGGGUGCUUCGGCCGGCCAGCCGGCCCCGGCGGAGGCCGAAUCCGAAGGAGGUAACGUCAACCUUUUCGACCUAGCUGCCCAGCAAGGCCGUGGGGGUAGCCGAGGGGCAGCCGGUGGUAGCGGACAGGCUGCUGCUGCUGCUGCCGCCGCUGCCGCCGCCGGUGGCCAGAAUUUGGGUAACCUGGAUUGGUUGCGCAACAACGCCCAAUUUCAGCAGCUUCGACAGGUUGUACAACAGCAACCUCAGAUGCUCGAGCCGAUUCUGCAGCAGCUUGGCGCUGGUAACCCUCAACUGGCGCAGCUGAUCUCCCAGAACCCUGAGCAGUUCCUGAAUCUGCUGGGCGAGACCGGUGAUGACGACGCUCCGUUGCCUCCAGGCGCCCAGACUAUCAGUGUCACCGAGGAAGAACGCGACGCGAUCGAACGAUUAUGCCGACUGGGCUUCGACCGAGACGCCGCGAUCCAGGCCUAUUUCGCUUGUGAUAAGAACGAGGAGCUAGCCGCCAACUUCUUGUUCGAUCAGCCGGAUGAUGAGGAUCCCCCCCAAAACUGAUUCCAUGGCACCAACAUGAUAUCAGCAUCAUUGUGCCUUUGCGAACCGAACAAAGCCUCCUUCCUCAUGAUAUCCGAUAUGGCGCCUUCUCCUCGCGCUAACAUCACUCCCUCCACCCUUUUAUUGAUGGCUUUUGACUCUACAUGGGACACGUUAUUUGGCUAGUGGAAUCCGUUCGCGAACCUGCUACAAGGCAAGGGCAUACAAAAAUUUCUCUCGGCCUAGUCACUGGAUCAUACCAGACAUCGGAGUAGGUGUCUGACUCACGGUUUCCCUUUUUCCGUGGGUGAUAUGGGAGGGUGAUGACAUGGGAUGAACCUAGUCUGUAGCACUGCUCUGAAUUUUACGAUGAUUUUCGCGAAACCGGUUGUCCAUGUGUAGUCCGCCGUGGCGCUAUACGUAUCUUCGUGAUAUGGUAAGACGGACAUCAGGGGCUAGCUAGCCAGAGUAAAUAUUGUCGGAGGGGCGGACGAGUUGUACGACAAACCGCUAUCAUGGCAUGUGGUUCCAUAAGUACGUGGACGUAUCACUAAUGCUACAUGGGGCUUGCCCUCCAAAAACCCCC